AAAGGGCUAGGUGCUUGCAAGAUUUGAUGGACGGGCCGUCUGAGCAAUGACUAUACAUGCGCAGGCACCAGUGCCGCAGUGGCAGCCGUUGCAAGCUUGGACUCCUCUUCCGGGAGAGUCAUGGUUGGCCAAGCCGUUGCAGUCUCUUGGUCUUGCUGAUAUUUUUGGUCAACCAGGACCGUCUCCCUUCCAAACGCCUGAGGGAAUGGUCAGAAGUCACCGCAAAGCGUCGCCGAACAGGGUCGUGGCAUUGUCCUCCGCUUGUGUCUCCAAGAGCAGAUACGGCUGGCAGGUCUUUGCUCGCAAAGAGGAGGGACUCAGAAGCGAGAUCAGCUUCUCAGCUGGUCGAUGCAGGUUCCAAGAAGCCUGCCCAUUCUGAUGCAAAGAAAGCUGUCGCUGGAUCUCUCAGCAAAGCCUCUGAUCAGAGUGACUCUGAGGAGUCCAAUGAUACGGGAAGUGAUGGCGAAGCUGAAGCUGACGGCCAAACCGUCGGUGGCAAGGCCCAAGAUGAUGCCAUCGAGGUGAAGGAUGCAGAAACCCUUUGGCGGGUGAACAUCGAGGCUGUUUACAGGCGAAAGAAUCCGAAGCUUCUUUCCAAAGUUUCAGAGUUGAUUGCCAAAUACAAGGCCAAUGGGACCCCGCUCUCGCACUUGUAUGCAAAAGUGUGCCGCACGUAUGAGCUUGAUCCAAAGGUGAUGUGGGCGACACGUUCAGAGGCAGAAGAGGACGAAGGUGAUGCUGAUGGAGCCUGUUUCAAGGACAACGCCUUUGAAGAAGGGGAGGCCAAGGAUGGCCCUUCAGGCCCGAGCGGUGCAGCAAAGCCUGAAGCGAGCAACUCGACUUCUUCCAUGGUUCCAGGCAGCAUUUUUGGAGACAGUCUUGGGCUAGCUGCUGCUGGUAAGCCAGCAGAUGGAGAUGCCCAAAGUGCCAGCUCCAGCAGCAUCUUCACCUUUGGCGCGGCCAAGCCACCUGACUCCUCCACCGGAGGCUUAUUCAGUGCCAGCGAUGCCAAGCCAAGCACGGAUAUCUUCCGCUUUGGAGCUGAGCCAGCGCAGUCAGGCAGCAGCGCAAGUGGCAGCUUGUUUGCGCCUGUUGGCACAGGUGGUAGCAUUUUCGGAGACGCGACCGCAGGAAGUGCUGCCAACAUCCAAAGUGGAUCACAAAGCGCAUCUCCAUCCGAUAUUUUUGCCAGUCUGUUUGGAGCCAGCUCGGGCAGCUCCAGUGCUAGUUCUGGCAGCUCUGGCAUAUUUGGAGCCACCAGUGGAUCUUCAAGCAUAUUCGGAAAUUCUGGUGCUGUUCCUGGAGAGAGCGCCAACUCCGGUGCUUCAAGCAUCCUGGGCUCCAGCGGGAGCAUUUUUGGUGCCGGCUCCAGUGGGGCCUCGAGUAUUUUUGGGGCAAGCUCUGGCAGCGCAUCAAAUAUAUUCGCCUCUAGCGGUCCGGGUGCAGGCCCAAGCACUGGAGCUAGCAUCUUCGGCGAGUCGAGCGCUCCGAGCAUUUUUGGUGGCAGCUCCAGCGGCUCCAAUCCAGGUGCCAGUGGCAGCUCAAGCAUUUUUGGGGCCAACACUGGCGGGGGUUCAAGCAUGUUUGGUGCCAACACAGCAAGCUCUUCAAAUAUCUUCGGAGCCAGCAGUGGUAGCUCAGACAUGUUCGUUGCUGCUUCCGGAGGAGGUUCAAACAUCUUUGGUGCGACUUCGGGAGGAGGUCCCCCUGUGUUUGGAGCGACUUCGGGAGGAGGCUCAAGCAUCUUUGGUGCAACUUCGGGAGGAAGCGCAGGCAUCUUUGGUGCGACUUCGGGAGAGGUCCCCUGUGUUUGGAGCGACUUCGGGAGGAGGCUCAAGCAUCUUUGGUGCAACUUCGGGAGGAAGCGCAGGCAUCUUUGGUGCGACUUCGGGAGCAGGUCCCAAUGUGUUUGGUGCGACUUCGGGAGGAGGCUCAAGCAUCUUUGGUGCAACUUCGGGAGGAAGCGCAGGUAUCUUUGGUGCGACUUCGGGAGGAGGGUCAAGCAUCUUUGGUGCGACAUCAGGAGGAGGCUCCAGUAUCUUUGGGGCGACUUCAGGAGGAGCCACAAGCAGCUUUGGUGCGACUUCAGCAGGAGGUCCGAAUAUUUUUGGUGCAACAUUUGGUGGUGCGUCAAACAUUUUCGGCGCAAACCCCAGCGGGAGUUCAGGCAUCUUUGGCGCUCCAAGUGGUGCAAUGUUCGAUGCUCCACCUGCUGCCCCUGCGACUGCAUCUGGCAUUUUCGGCGCCCCGCAGCAGAGUGGGCAGGCGAAUGCUUUUGGAGCGCAGAGUGCUGGAGGCAGCAUCUUCCAGUUUGGAGGCCCACCUCCGCAAAGCGCCGGAGAAGCUUUGGCCAACCAACGUCUGGCAGCAGCAUGUUCAUGUUUGGGCAGGCUCCACAGUCCCAAGGUGGCGGGUUUGGGCCUUCGCCAGGCUUUGGCGCUCCUGCCGCACCUUUUGGCAAUCAAGGUGCUCCUUUCGGAGGCCAACCCGCAGGACCCGAGCUGCUCCCCAGGCCCCGCAGGGUGGAUGUGCCUUUGGAGCUCCACCAGGACAGGGUGCGUUCGGUGGGCAGGCGGGUGCUGGCGGCAAUCUUUUCGCACAGCCAAAUGCAUCGGGGCCGCCACCUGGGCGAAGGAUAGUGAAAGCCAAGCGACGCGCUGGCUAACCCGUGACUCUGAAUGUGGGACGUUUUCACGAAGGUUGCUGCAGCCAGUACUUGCAACUGUUUCACUGAUAGCGUGGUUGGUGUAGUUAUCCUCAUGUGAAGAGGACAUGCAGUCUAAAAGAUCAAAGAAUCAAUUUUGUGGCCUUGUCGCAGGAGGUCGUGGAUGGUUUGUCUCAUGGUGACCACUUCAAUGACCAUUGAACAAUGUGGCAAUUUCUGGAUCGCUGUUUCG